AGGACAUUAAAAUGCGACCAUCAGGAAAACGGAUAUCCUGCGACGUUUACUUCUCAGUGAUGCGUAAAUACAUGCCCUUUUUUGCACAUAUUUUUAUUAUUAGACGCCAAAUUUAACGUUACCAAUGUUAAAGGCACUAUGGCCAUGUUAACAUGUAUUCCCUGCCUCUACUAAACUGCAAUCGGUGUAUUGUUCCUACUCGUCGGUACUUUAAACCUUCGCACAUUAUAAUAAUCAUCCCAGACAGAACACUUUUUUUUUUUUUUACCACGUGUAUAUUUAAAGCAAACCAUAAUAGCGGUAUAUUCCUCGCUUCUGAACCAAACAUGAAGUUCCGGUGUAAGAUUGUGGAUGUUAGCUGCUUGAACCACUUCAGCCGUGCGUAUCCUUUUAUAUGUUUCACGUGUUUGCUUUAAUCGACUUUUUAGAGAAUUUUGAUUUGCAGUUCCCGUCUCGAUUGAUAUCCAAAUCCUUUUUACUUCCAGAUGUACUGUGUAGUAGCUAUAUUAAUGAGAACCUUUAUUACUAUGUCAUAGGGGAAAUUUUAUCAUGCUGACUGUUAUUACAGUUUUUCCCCCUAUCGUUUUGAGCAUUUUCACUGUUAACACUUUUUUAAUGAAUUCCAAUUGUUAACGUGUACAUGAGAGAAAUGUUAAAUGAUUUAGUCUAACCAACAUAACUGCAAAGAGCAUGGAGCUUCUCAAGAUGGCUAUCAAUCAGUGAGCCACAAUUACUUAUAUGGUCUGUGCUGUCAUGUAAUGCAGGCAUUUAAUGCCCUAUGACCACAUAUACUGCCAUCUAUUAAAGGGACACUAGACACCCAGACUACUUAAGCUAAUUGAAAUAGUCUGGGUGCUGUGACCUUUUUGCACCCAGUGCUGCAAUGUAAAACAUUGCAGUUCCAGAGAACUGCAAUGUUUAUAUUGCAGCUCUAAGUCUGCCGUCUGUUGCCACUGGGGGUGCUUCUGUAUUCCAAAUGGAUAUUUGAUCCAUUAUCUGACUCUGGACAUUCUCACGGAACUCCAGCGCCAGAAUUUUCCCAUAGGAAAGCAUUGAAUAAUGCUUUCCUAUGGGGAGGUCUAAUGCGUGCGAAGCCUCUGCUGCGCCUACGCAUUAGGUCUGCGCCGGCUGACAACGGGGGAGGAGCAUGGGCGGAGCCUGACUCAGCACAAAGGGACAUUGGCGCUGGAUUUAGGUAAGUGCAGGAGAGGUGUCGUGAGGGAGGGGGGCACUGUAGGGACGUAUAAUGCCAGGGAAACGGGUUUUGUUUUCCUGGCACUAUAGGAUCCCUUUAAAAGUACCAACAGGUGUAUAUUACUGGUGGUACCAAAUAGCUCCAGGUAUCAAUAGAUAACUGAGGGUCACUUCUGUAAGCUGGGGCCACAAUGGGGCUAGUGAAUGCUGCACAUAGCCAUUUAAUCCAUUUAUUAAAUACAACCGUUGAACAAUUGUCUUUAGCUGCUGUAAUUCUGAAUCCUUUUGGGUUGUCCACUAUAGGAACCCCUUACCACAGGAAAGCAUAGAUUUGAGGAGAGUCUCUGGAAUCUGUUUAACCCCUUAACGCCGUUACGGAGUUUUAUGCCGUCCCGCAUUAAAUGGCCUUUAAAGGCGUUGCGGCAGCUCCAGGAUACUUACCUCCACUGCGAUCCGCUUCAGGUGGACUGCCUUACAGCCCAGGCAGCCCUCCCCAGGCAAAUCAGGCCCUCAGGGGCAUUGCUGCCUGUGGAUCUGCCUGCAGGGGGACUACUUGGGCUCUCAUUCAGUCCUCCUGCUGGUGGUAAAUGUUUUAAAAAAAUAAAAAUAUAUAUUACACACAUGUAGAUAUGUGUGUAUAUGUAAAAAAAAGCAGAAAAAAAAUUUGUAUCUUGUAAUACACUUUUUUUUUUUUUUUUGGGACCAAAAUAAUUUUUUAAUGACCAGCUUUCGGGAGAACCUCCCUUUUUGAGUUGUGAUACAGGGGUUAAAGCGACAUGAGUGCAGAUAAGACACAGGUCUGAUAGAAAGUAGACAACAUUCUUGCAGAGGGUCGUAAAUAUCUUUCUGAAGAUCAGAGUGAGUGGGGAGAGGGAGAAAAACAAAACAAGCAAGCAGUGGAGAAGAUGGUACACUUUAAACAUAUACACACACACAAAUAUAUAUGUAUAUACAAAUACAUGCACAUGAACUCAUACACAAAUAUAAAUGCACAGUCACAUAUAUAAGUAUACAUGCAUAAGAGUAUGGGAAAGAAUAGGUCUACACAUAGUACUUCAUAUAUUGAUAGAAUAAACAUAUUGGAAUGCUUUUUAAAGUGUUGAUACAUGUUAUGGUUGCCUCAGGCUUGCUGAGGGUUGGACCGCUUGGAUGUCCUUGUCCCCGAUCCUGGAGAGUGGUAGAAAGCCCCAAUUCAGCAACUAGCGAUCUUCUUGUGAGUGUAAAGUAUCCCUGGAGCUCUGAACAGAGCUAGUGAUCAGCAUUUCACUACAACACGAGUCGAGGCUGCGCGUUGAGGGUAAGAAGU